AUGGGCCGAUUGACGCAGAUUUUUGCCACGUGUCCGGAAAGAUAUCUGGCUUUUGCUAUGUGCUUCGAAGAAGAUGAUUACCUGAAGUCUGCUGGUCUUGGGUUCCUACACGACCACUCUGGACAGCUCUAUGGACGCUCAAAGUGCACUUUGAAGGACAUAGUGGUCAACAAACAGGCGGUUCUCGCUGUAUUCCGGGGGCUGAAGAGACAUCCUCCACCACCUGGCAUGAACAUUUACCGUUUGUCUGCCCACGAACUUAGCAAGAGCAUUUUGGCGUUCUUUGAUCACGGCCAACAUUGGCCGAAUGGGCUACAUUCCCGCAUUCCGGCUUGCGAAGAGUGGGCCUUGAAGAAUGCAAGAGCAUUGGCAAAAUUGGUGGGUCGAAUGAGACGCUUGAUGUACCGGGCUCCCCGAUCAAAGAUGAAGAAGUUGAAUGAAAUCAGAGCAGAGAUCACUGCUCUUGGAUUGCCUUCAAAUGCCUUUGAAGAAGAUUGUCUGUCCAAAGCCCCUUCGCAGAGUGUGAGCACCGACAUCUCUGCCCUGUCCAGUCUCUCCUCCUCUAGCUCAAGGCCGAAUGAGAUCGAUGUUCGCAGCCUGAGCAGGCAGGAUGUGAGGAUGACAAGAGCCAUCCAGCAAGCACGGGAACAGUUGGCACUAAAGGCCAAGAAGAAUUCCCCUCCAAGUUCAGCUUCAAGUGGGGCGAUGGCUGGUCCUUCUAGUACUACUACCCCCAGUACAGCUUCUGGCACUCCUUCAGCUAGACCAAGUAUCUCCGAAAUUGUUGCCAGGGUCAAGGCCAUGCGGGUGACUUCGGGAGUUGUGGGCACCCGUGAGCAACAGGGAGGGCAACAAGCGAAUCCUGAUCCUCCAACAAACCGUGCUUUAUUACCAGCGUUUGUAUUGGCAUCGAUUGAGACGAAGAUGAAAGAGGCAACAGAGCAGCCGAAGGUUGCCUUUUCGGCUUCAGCUCAGUACAAAUGCAAUAUGCAGGCAAAAGGUGAUGGGGGAGGGGAUGAUGAUGAUGAAGAAAAGGAACCGACUGGUAGUGGUGUUGUUCCUGUUUCCUUGGGCCACCCAAAGAAGAAGAAAAAGCGUCGGGCUCCCAAAAAGAAAAGAAAGAAAGUUGUCAUUCCAAGUAGGUCUGAGUUGGAAGGGGAUGGCGCGCCAUUUGUUGAAGACACCAAGCUGGGAGAGGAUACCAAAUACCAGCCUGGCAAUUUGAGGAAAAUUCAAGAGGCCUAUGUUGUUGACUUCCUUUCGAAUGAAAGGAAGGCAGGCCGGCGCCCGUCCCGAUCAGAGGCUAUCGCCUCUUGGCAUGGAUCUUUGAAGCGUGCUCAGAUCUUGUCCACCUUGAGUGUGGCGGAUUUGAAAAGACGGAAGUUCAUCCCAAAGGGUUCCACAACCAACCCUUUCAGGGAACGCAUUGGCCAAAUGGCCAGUUGA